CUCUCUCUCGGCUCUCCUCCUCCCUAACUCACUGGAUAUUACCAGCUGCCGGGCUCGCCGCCGCCUCUCCCCCAGCCAUGAAUCCCGCCGAAGGGGCGGCGGAGGAAGGCGCUGUCCCUGACUCCGAGGUGGAUGCUUUCUUCCGAACAGGUUCUUUUCGAAAUGAUGGUUUAAAAGCUGCUGAUGUCCUUCCUAUACUGAAGGAGAAAGUGGCCUUUGUGUCAGGUGGCCGUGAUAAACGAGGUGGUCCUGUCUUGACCUUCCCAGCCCGCAGCAAUCAUGACAGAAUAAGGCAGGAAGACCUUCGGAAACUUGUGACUUAUUUGGCCAGCGUGCCAAGCGAAGAUGUUUGCAAACGAGGAUUCACUGUUAUUAUCGAUAUGCGAGGAUCCAAAUGGGAUUUGAUCAAGCCUCUCCUAAAAACCCUUCAAGAAGCCUUUCCUGCUGAGAUUCAUGUUGCCCUGAUCAUAAAACCUGAUAAUUUCUGGCAGAAGCAGAAAACAAACUUUGGCAGUUCCAAGUUCAUCUUUGAGACAAGUAUGGUGUCUGUGGAAGGCCUGGCAAAGCUUGUAGAUCCUUCUCAGCUGACGGACGAGUUYGAAGGGUCCUUGGAUUACAACCACGAUGAAUGGAUAGAGCUGCGCGUGUCCUUGGARGAGUUUUUCAACAGUGCCAUCCAUUUAUUAUCAAGGCUGGAGGAUCUCCAGGAAAUGUUGGCUAGAAAGGAGUUUCCAGUUGAUGUUGAGGGCUCAAGAAGGCUGAUUGAUGAGCACACGCAGCUCAAGAAAAAAGUGAUUAAAGCUCCUGUGGAAGAAYUGGAUCGUGAGGGUCAGAGGUUAUUACAAUGUAUAAGAUCCAGUGAUGGUUUUUCUGGUAGGAACUGCAUUCCUGGAAGUGCAGAUUUUCAAAGUCUUGUGCCAAAGAUCACCAGCCUUUUAGACAAGCUGCAUUCUACCCGGCAACACUUGCAUCAGAUGUGGCAUGUCCGCAAGCUGAAACUGGACCAGUGCUUUCAACUCCGGCUUUUUGAGCAAGAUGCUGAGAAGAUGUUCGACUGGAUCAGCCACAACAAAGAGUUGUUCCUGCAGAGUCACACRGAGAUCGGAGUGAGCUACCAGCACGCCCUGGACCUGCAGACACAGCACAACCACUUUGCCAUGAAUUCCAUGAAUGCCUAUGUCAACAUCAAUCGAAUCAUGUCUGUGGCGUCACGGCUCUCCGAGGCAGGCCACUAYGCUUCCCAGCAAAUCAAACAGAUAUCCAGCCAGCUGGAUCAAGAGUGGAAGAGUUUUGCUGCAGCUCUGGAUGAGCGCAGCACCAUCUUAGCCAUGUCUGCUGUCUUUCACCAGAAAGCUGAACAGUUCCUUUCAGGUGUGGAUGCCUGGUGCAAAAUGUGCAGUGACGGAGGCCUCCCRUCAGAAAUGCAGGACCUGGAAAUGGCCAUCCACCAUCACCAGACCCUCUAUGAGCAAGUAACACAGGCCUACACAGAGGUGAGCCAGGAUGGAAAAGCCUUGCUGGAUGUCCUACAGCGUCCCUUGAGUCCUGGGAAUUCUGAAUCCCUCACUGCCACUGCAAACUACUCCAAGGCUGUUCACCAGGUGUUGGAUGUGGUGCAUGAAGUCCUGCAUCACCAGCGGCGYCUGGAAAGCAUCUGGCAACACAGAAAGGUCCGGCUGCAUCAAAGGCUGCAGCUCUGUGUUUUCCAGCAGGAUGUUCAACAGGUGCUGGACUGGAUUGAAAAUCACGGGGAAGCCUUUCUGAGCAAACACACCGGAGUGGGGAAAUCUCUCCACAGGGCACGCGCGCUGCAGAAAAGACAUGAUGACUUUGAAGAGGUAGCACAGAAUACAUACACCAAUGCAGACAAGCUCUUGGAGGCUGCCGAGCAGUUGGCUCAGACUGGGGAAUGUGACCCUGAAGAGAUCUAUAAAGCAGCCCGGCAUCUGGAAGUUCGGAUUCAGGACUUUGUCCGGAGGGUGGAACAGAGGAAACUUCUCUUGGACAUGUCAGUCUCCUUCCAUACCCACACCAAAGAGCUGUGGACAUGGAUGGAAGAUCUGCAGAAGGAGCUUUUAGAGGAUGUCUGUGCUGACUCUGUGGAUGCAGUUCAGGAGCUCAUCAAGCAGUUUCAGCAGCAGCAAACAGCCACCCUGGAUGCUACCCUCAAUGUUAUUAAAGAAGGGGAAGAUCUAAUCCAGCAGCUCAGGGACUCUGCCGUUUCCAGCAACAAGACCCCACACAACAGCUCCAUCAGCCACAUCGAAUCCGUCCUCCAGCAGCUCGACGAGGCCCAGGUACAGAUGGAAGAGCUCUUCCAUGAGAGGAAGAUUAAGCUAGACAUUUUCCUGCAGCUCCGGAUUUUUGAGCAGUACACCAUUGAGGUUACAGCAGAGUUGGAUGCCUGGAAUGAAGAUCUGCUGAGGCAAAUGAAUGAUUUCAAUACUGAGGAUCUCACUCUGGCAGAGCAGCGAUUGCAGCGUCACACGGAGCGGAAAUUGGCCAUGAACAACAUGACCUUUGAAGUCAUCCAGCAAGGGCAGGACUUGCACCAAUACAUCAUGGAGGUCCAGGCUUCAGGCAUCGAGCUGAUCUGCGAAAAAGACAUUGAUCUUGCGACUCAGGUUCAAGAGCUGCUGGAAUUCCUUCAUGAGAAGCAACACGAGCUGGAGCUUAAUGCUGACCAAACUCACAAGAGGUUAGAGCAGUGCCUGCAGCUCCGGCACCUCCAGGCCGAGGUCAAGCAGGUGCUUGGCUGGAUCAGGAAUGGGGAGUCAAUGCUGAAUGCAAGCCUUGUCAACGCGAGUUCUCUCUCAGAGGCCGAGCAGCUCCAGCGAGAGCACGAGCAGUUCCAGCUGGCAAUAGAGUCCCUCUUUCAUGCCACUUCCUUACAGAAGACACACCAGAGUGCCCUGCAGGUCCAGCAGAAGGCUGAAGUGUUGCUGCAGGCUGGACAUUAUGAUGCYGAUGCCAUCAGAGAAUGUGCCGAGAAGGUGGCCCUGCACUGGCAGCAGCUGAUGCUGAAGAUGGAGGAUAGGCUCAAACUYGUCAAUGCCUCAGUGGCCUUUUAUAAAACCUCUGAGCAGGUGUGCAGCGUGUUAGAGAGCCUGGAGCAGGAAUACAGACGGGAUGAAGACUGGUGUGGAGGCCGAGAUAAACUUGGACCAGCAGCUGAGAUAGACCAUGUCAUCCCUCUGAUCAGCAAACACCUGGAGCAGAAGGAGGCUUUUCUCAAGGCCUGCACCCUGGCCCGGAGGAAYGCCGAGGUGUUCCUCAAGUACAUCCACAGGAACAACGUCAGCAUGCCCGGAGUGGCGAGCCACACCAGGGGACCCGAGCAGCAGGUCAAAGCCAUCCUGAGCGAGCUGUUGCAGAGGGAGAACCGGGUGCUUCACUUCUGGACCCUGAAGAAGCGGAGGUUGGAUCAGUGCCAGCAGUACGUUGUCUUYGAGCGCAGUGCCAAGCAGGCCUUAGACUGGAUCCAAGAAACAGGCGAAUAUUACCUCUCUACUCACAACUCCACAGGGGAAUCAGCAGAAGAAACUCAGGAACUCCUGAAGGAAUAUGGGGAAUUUAGAGUACCUGCCAAGCAAACAAAGGAGAAAGUGAAGCUCCUCAUCCAGCUGGCUGACAGCUUUGUAGAAAAAGGACAUAUACACGCCACRGAAAUUAGGAAAUGGGUCACCACCGUUGACAAACGCUACCGGGACUUCUCUCUCAGGAUGGGGAAAUACCGCUACUCCCUGGAAAAAGCCCUUGGAAUCAAUCCAGAGGAUAACAAAGACCUAGAACUAGAUAUUAUUCCAGCAAGUCUUUCAGACCGGGAGGUAAAGCUGCGAGAUGCAAAUCAUGAAAUCAAUGAAGAAAAAAGGAAGUCKGCCAGAAAGAAAGAAUUCAUUAUGGCUGAACUGCUGCAGACAGAAAAAGCUUAUGUCAGGGAUUUACAUGAAUGUUUAGAGACCUACCUUUGGGAAAUGACAAGUGGAGUGGAAGAAAUACCAGCUGGGAUCCUUAAUAAAGAACACAUCAUCUUUGGCAAUAUUCAGGAGAUCUAUGACUUCCAUAACAACAUUUUCCUAAAAGAGCUGGAGAAAUAUGAACAGCUGCCUGAGGAUGUGGGCCACUGCUUCGUCACCUGGGCAGAUAAAUUUCAGAUGUAUGUCACCUACUGCAAAAACAAGCCUGACUCCAGCCAGCUCAUCCUGGAACAUGCAGGGACUUUCUUUGAUGAAAUUCAGCAAAGACACGGGCUGGCCAACUCCAUCUCUUCUUAUUUAAUCAAGCCUGUCCAGAGGAUCACAAAAUAUCAACUCCUUCUGAAGGAGCUGCUGACCUGCUGUGAGGAGGGCAAAGGGGAGCUGAAGGAUGGUCUGGAAGUGAUGCUCAGCGUCCCAAAGAAGGCCAACGAUGCAAUGCACGUCAGCAUGCUGGAAGGGUUUGAUGAGAACCUGGAYGUCCAGGGAGAGCUGAUUCUUCAGGAUUCCUUCCAAGUGUGGGAUCCCAAGUCUCUCAUUCGGAAGGGCCGUGAGAGGCAUUUGUUUCUCUUUGAAAUCUCUUUGGUGUUUAGCAAAGAGAUCAAAGAUUCUUCAGGACACACAAAAUAUGUUUACAAGAACAAGUUACUGACCUCAGAACUGGGAGUGACUGAACAYGUUGAAGGAGAUCCCUGCAAAUUUGCGCUGUGGUCCGGACGAACACCAUCCUCAGACAAUAAAACAGUGCUGAAAGCAUCCAGUAUUGAAACAAAACAGGAAUGGAUCAAAAAUAUCCGGGAAGUUAUUCAAGAAAGGAUCAUUCAUCUGAAAGGGGCUCUGAAAGAGCCAAUUCAGCUCCCCAAGACACCAGCAAAGCAGAGAAACAACAGUAGAAGAGAUGGAAUAGAUGAUGCAGACAGCCAAGGGGAUGGCAGCAGUCAACCUGACACCAUUUCCAUUGCCUCCAGGACAUCGCAGAACACAGUGGACAGUGAUAAGCAUUUCGUCUACGGCAGAGACACAGGACAGUUGUCUGGAGGGUGUGAACUAACUGUGGUGCUCCAGGACUUUACAGCGGGCCACAGCAGCGAGCUGAGCAUUCAGGUGGGGCAGACAGUGGAGCUGCUGGAGAGGCCGAGUGAGAGGCCAGGCUGGUGUUUGGUCCGGACCACGGAGCGGAGCCCACCCCAGGAGGGGCUGGUCCCCAGCAGCGCUCUCUGCAUUUCCCAUUCCCGCAGCAGUGUGGAGAUGGAUUGCUUCUUCCCUUCAGGAAAAGAUGCAUAUUCAGUCUCUUCCAAUGACAACGGGGGCAAGUCUGACUCCGUGGCCAACUUACAACCCCAGCCAUCCCUCAACUCCAUCCAGAGCUCUCCGGGCCCCAAGCGCUCCACCAACACCCUGAAGAAAUGGUUGACCAGUCCCGUGCGCCGCCUGAACAGCGGGAAGACCGAGAGCCACAUCAAGAAACAAAAGAAAGUGCGGGAUGGCAGGAAGAGCUUUGACCUUGGCUCACCAAAGACUGGAGAUGAAACCACUCCUCAGGGAGACAGCGCAGAUGAGAAGAGCAAGAAGGGUUGGGGAGAAGAUGAACCAGAUGAAGAGUCUCACACACCUCUUCCUCCUCCUAUGAARAUUUUUGACAAUGAUCCAACCCAAGAUGAGAUGACCCUUGAAGGAGGAUCYUACCGAGGAGGCUUAAAAGAUGCCACUGGCUGCUUAAAUGAAGGAAUGACGCCUUCAACUCCCCCACGAAACCUUGAAGAGGAACAAAAAGCCAAAGCAAUGAGAGGCAGGAUGUUUGUCUUAAAUGAGCUGGUACAGACUGAAAAAGACUACGUCAAAGACUUGGGAACUGUUGUGGAGGGCUUCAUGAAGAGGAUGGAAGAAAAAGGAGUUUCUGAAGAUAUGAAAGGGAAAGACAAAAUAGUAUUUGGCAAUAUUCACCAGAUCUAUGACUGGCACAAAGACUUUUUCCUGGCUGAACUGGAAAAAUGUCUUCAAGAACCUGACCGUUUAGCACAGCUUUUUAUUAAGCAUGAGCGGCGAUUGCACAUGUACGUGGUGUAUUGCCAAAACAAGCCCCGCUCUGAGUACAUCGUGGCUGAGUAUGAAACCUACUUUGAGGAGGUUCAGCAGGAAAUAAGCCAACGGUUGACCAUCAGUGACUUUCUGAUCAAACCCAUUCAAAGAAUAACUAAAUAUCAGCUUCUUCUCAAGGACUUCCUGAGAUACAGUGAAAAAGCUGGUCUGGAGUGCUCCGAGAUAGAGAAAGCAGUUGAAUUAAUGUGCCUUGUACCRAAACGUUGCAAUGACAUGAUGAACCUGGGUCGCCUCCAAGGCUUUGAGGGCAAACUGACAGCUCAAGGCAAGCUGCUGCAGCAGGACACCUUCUACGUGACGGAGCAGGAUUCGGGGGUUCAGUCUCGACCCAAGGAGCGCAGGGUGUUUCUCUUUGAGCAAAUAGUGAUCUUCAGUGARCUCCUUAGGAAAGGAUCUCUAACCCCUGGCUACAUGUUCAAGAAAAGCAUAAAGAUGAACUACCUUAUCAUUGAAGAAAAUGUGGACAAUGAUCCCUGCAAGUUUGCUCUAAUGAGCCGGGAAACAUCAGAGAGAGUCAUUUUGCAGGCAGCUAACCCAGAAAUUCAACAAGCUUGGGUACAGGACAUCAACCAAGUCCUGGACACACAAAGAGAUUUCCUAAAUGCGCUGCAGUCGCCCAUCGAGUACCAGCGCAAGGAGAGCUCGGCGGUGCUGCGGCCCCAGGCCGGCAGGGUCCCYCAGCCCAACAGCCGGCCCCAUUCUUCCAUCCCAGUAGGGUCUGAGAAGCCUUUGAAGGCUACAAGCCGUAACCCCUCUCUCCCACCCCUGAAGAUAUCUACCUCCAAYGGCAGCACAGGGUAUGAGCACUCACAGCCCGGAGACAAGUAUGAACAAAGCAAGACUGAUUUGGGAGGGUGCAAUGGGACCUCUUCCAUGGUGGUGAUUAAAGAUUACUAUGCACUGAAGGAGGAUGAGAUCUGUGUGAAUCAAGGAGAGGUGGUUCAGAUCCUUGCUAUCAACCAGCAGAACAUGUUCCUGGUGUACCAGCCCGCAAACGACCACUCUCCAGCCGCUGAAGGAUGGAUCCCUGGCAGUAUCUUGGSUCCCCUCCCUAAAUCCACCACAGAUAAUAGCGAUGGAAGCAUCAAGAAGUCAUGUUCAUGGCAUACCCUGCGCAUGAGAAAGCGGGCGGAAAAGGAGAGCAGUGGCAAAAAUGAAGCCAAUGGGCCACGUAAAUCCAAGGAUAUUCUGGGGAACAAAGUCUCUGUUAAAGAGACAAACAGCUCAGAGGAAUCAGAGUGCGAUGACCUUGACCCCAAUACUAGCAUGGAGAUAAUCAACCCCAAUUUCAUUCAAGAAGUGGCUCCAGAGUUUCUUGUGCCAUUAGUGGACAUCACCUGCCUGCUUGGGGACACAGUGAUGCUGCAGUGCAAAGUUUGUGGGCGACCCAAACCAACUAUAACCUGGAAAGGACCGGACCAAAACAUUCUGGACAAUGACAAUAGCACRGCCACUUACACGGUGUCAUCCUGCGACUCAGGAGAGCUCACCUUGAAGAUCUGCAACCUGAUGCCUCAGGACAGCGGCAUCUACACCUGCGUGGCAACCAAUGAGCACGGRACCGCMUCAACCUCUGCAACCAUCAAAGUCCAAGGUGUGCCAGCUGCCCCAAACCGCCCCAUUGCUCAGGAGAGAAGCUGCACCUCUGUGAUUCUGCGCUGGCUGCCCCCAUCCAGUACAGGCAAUUGCACCAUUUCAGGCUACACUGUGGAGUACAGAGAAGAAGGCUCACAGGUCUGGCAGCAGUCGGUGGCCUCAACUUUGGACACGUAUCUCGUCAUUGAGGACCUGUCCCCAGGCUGCCAGUACCAGUUCCGAGUGAGUGCCAGCAACCCCUGGGGGAUCAGCUUGCCCAGCGACCCGUCCGAAUUUGUGAGGCUCCCGGAGUACGACUCUGCUGCUGAUGGUGCCACUAUUUCAUGGAAGGAAAACUUUGACCUUGCCUAUGCAGAGCUGCAUGAGAUUGGGAGGGGUCGAUUCUCCAUAGUAAAGAAAUGUGUCCACAAAGCCACCCGGAAAGAUGUUGCUGUAAAAUUCAUUAGUAAAAAAAUGAAAAAGAAAGAGCAGGCAGCACAUGAAGCAGCUUURUUACAACACUUACAGCAUCCUCAGUACAUCACUAUCCACGAUACCUACGAAUCUCCUACUUCGUAYAUCUUAGUUUUGGAACUGAUGGAUGAUGGUCGUCUCUUAGAUUAUCUGAUGAACCAUGAUGAACUCAUGGAGGAAAAGGUGGCGUUCUAUAUAAGAGACACAAUGGAAGCCUUGCAGUACCUUCACAACUGCAGAGUGGCUCACUUAGACAUAAAGCCAGAAAAUCUGCUCAUUGAUUUAAGAAUCCCAGUGCCUCGUGUCAAGAUCAUUGAUUUGGAAGAUGCAGUUCAGAUCACAGGUCACUACCAUGUCCACCACCUCCUUGGAAACCCAGAGUUUGCAGCCCCUGAAGUUAUCCAAGGCCUUCCUGUCUCCCUGAGCACGGAUAUCUGGAGCAUUGGGGUCCUCACCUACGUCAUGUUAAGCGGYGUCUCUCCGUUCCUGGAUGAAAGCAAAGAGGAGACUUGUAUCAAUGUGUGCAGAGUGGAUUUCAGCUUCCCACACGAGUACUUCUCUGAUGUGAGCCAYGCUGCCAGGGAUUUCAUCAACGUUAUCCUCCAGGAAGACUUCAGGAGAAGGCCAACGGCAGCCACUUGUUUACAGCACCCGUGGCUGCAGCCACACAAUGGCAGCUAUUCCAAGAUCCCACUGGAUACCUCCCGCUUGGCCUCCUUCAUCGAGCGCCGCAGGCACCAGUACGACGUGCACCCGGUCCCCAGCGUCAAGAGUUUCCUGUUGAGCAGGAUGAACCCRGGCACAUAGGGCCUCCAUCCACAGGAUCCUACACUGCUGGCCCUGAGCCGGGCACCAGGAAUGCUGCUGGGAGCACACAGGCACCAACAYCUGGAUCUGGCUGUACAUAUCCCAUGUCUGGCGUUUGCUCCCUCUCUUGGGGCACGUGGUAUUGUCACAUCCAUCACUAAAAAAGGACUGCAGGAAGCAAACACCGACUGGGAACGAGAGCCAAAAUUGCAGUUGCCUUAAUCUUUGUGAGGCAGCCUUAUAAGAAAUCCUCUUGAUCUUGCUGAACUGAAUUCAAAAUGUACAAAAAAUUAGGAGUAGGAUAGUGGUGGGGAGUGAGACCAGGCUAACUUUAGCAUGUACUGCAGAACUGGACUGGUCAGUUUUUGCUGAAAUCAUUGCGAGCCUGCUCCAGGUUAUCAGUCAGAUUUCUCAUGCCCCUUAUGUCCAGAUGAUUUCAGUGGGGACUUUGCCUGCAUAGAACUUGCAAGAUCAGGCUUCAGUCACUGCUGAAUCAGCUUGUGGUGGCGUGGCUUAGGUACACUCCUGUUGCAUGGUAGUGCUCAGACCAAAAUCCUCCUUUAAGCCCUCCCUGGGCUUUCUGCUGUGUUAAGUCAACGUGCAGCACCUUUCGGAGCUAUGAAUAAGGCAAUGAAUUCAUUGGAGCAUACGGCUGGUUCUGACUAAGCACAAUGGGACUAUGGUGGGUUUUUUUAAAGCAUUUUAUACACACUGUACAGAAAUAUUUUGCAAAACCUGUGCAUUGAGAAAAGGCAGAGUCCAAUUUUUGCAGUAUCUGUAAACUAGAUGAUGAUGGCGAUGAAGACAAUUUUUUCUAUCACAGGUUUUCAGUAUACAUAUAUUGUAUCAUAGAUAUAAAUAUAUAUAAAUAUAAAGGAUCCUGUUCCAUUUCUAGCUUCAGAAUUGCCUGGCCCAAAGUCCAUUUAAGCCUUUCAGAGUGCAGUAGGAGUGGUGAGUUCAUUCUUGUGCUUACAGCUUUAAAAUCGUUUUCAGUGUUUAAAGUAUGUCAUUUGUUUCAUUUCCAAACUUGUAAAUAUCUCUCAGCUACCAUUAGCACCUCAUAACCAAAGCAUUCAUGAGGAUAUUUUUAUGUCCAAAAAUUUGUAAUAAAAAACCAAUAUUCACAAUUAAAACAUUUCUCUCUUGCAAGCCAAGUUGCAACAUCAUCAUAUUGAUGUUACAGUGACAGUGCCAGCCUUAGGUAUAACCAACACAGGGAGUCUGCAGUGACAAAUCAGCAGUUUGUAGGUUGGCCAAAUCUUCCUUUCCAGAAAUGGGAAUGGAAGGGGAAACCAGCUGGGGCUUCCCCAUCCUACUGCUACACCACAAAGCCCUACAGCAUUGARGGGUUAUGAUCAAAGACACUUCUUUCCCCUGGCAUGUGGGGACUUUGUCUCGGUGCUGAGUGCCAUUUGUGUGCCUGUAAUAGGAAAUGGCAAUUGUUACCAAAGGUUUUCCUAAGGAAAAUGGCUUGGUGUGCUCAUAUAAACUCUCUAGUAAGGAUGAGAGUCAAAUCUCAUUUACCAUCCAAGUAACUGCACUGUGAGCCUGCACGAGCAAGCGCUGUCUCUGCCAGUAGGUGGUGGAGAUACCCUGCAAGUACUGUUAAAUUCUCAGGGCUCUAAAAGCCCUUUUUGGACCACYUCUAAACUCGAUUUCACAGCAGGGAGGAGACCUGGCCCUUCUGUUUGUGCUUGCUCUAUCACUACACCAGACUGGUCAGUAUUUUGCUAGUGGACAAGAGAGGUGGCACAGCAAAAACCUUCUCAGCAUUCAGCACUGAGUGUGUGCAACAAAGAACAGCCCCUGACAGCAGGAAACCACAGGCAGAAGGGUGAGCCCAGGUGCCUCAGCAGAAUCAGGAGCGGUUCAGGGAGAGAUCUAAUACAGGGAGGGAGUUGUGGAAAUUUUUGAAAGAGACCAGUGUUCAUGGAAGGUUAAACUUUUUGAAUCAUCUAGAACCUAUCUCAGUUCCUCUGUAGAGCAGCAGCUGAUUUUCUAAGCAAUCCAGCAGCACCUCUUAGAUAAAGAGCAGAUCCUCAUCCUGAGCAACAGUGCAAAGUAUGCAAUUUCUUAACAACUGAAUACAGACAGCAGUCAAGGGGGGUCUUUAAUUACCACCAGCCUCAGGUACUUUCUCACUACAGGACUGUCUGUACUUUUUCCUAUUUGUCAAAGCUGGCUCUUUGUGCUGUGAUUGACUCUUCAUGGAAGCAUAGUCUGUAAAACCCACAGCUUUUAUUAGGCCAUGGGUACAAGGUCUUUCUGCUUGGUGUUAACACAAACAAAUUCUCAUGUAUCACAUGAAAUUUGGAGUUAUUUMGCAUUUUGUUUUCCUACCUCCUGCAUUCCCAUGUCAAACUGCAACAGCAGACACUUUGGAUGCAGAGGCGGGGGAAAGCUGGAUUGUUUAAAGGAACAUUUAAGCCUCUCAUUGCUAUCAAAUAACAGAAGAGAAAACCCAAAAGACUGAAAGAGGGACUAUACAUAACUAGAUAUCGAUGCUCAGAUUAAAAAAAGACUAACUGAGAGAGCUGGAAGUGCUGAACUCUGAAGAUUUGGGAUAUUCUGGGAUUUCUUUCUUUCRUGGUUUUGCUUUUCUAUGUUCGUGUUAGAGAACACCUCUUUCUAGGCACUGCUUUUCUUAGAGCAUGUUCAGGAAUACUUGAACCAGUUAAAAUUUCAAUGUAACAUUUGCGAUUAUCAACUGUUCUUGCUUUUUAUCUCAAAGAUUUAUUUUGCCUAAAUAAUACCAAGGUGACACAGAAUGCUGCCAUACAAUAAAUACGGAGGAAAUAYCCUGGCUUGGCUCUUUCAAAGUCUUUUAAAGCCAACCUGUGGUGCCUCUGCAGAUACAACAGUUCCUGUAACUCUGCUGCAAAUUGAAACUCCAUUGUAAAGAGAUUACAGGAGCUCAGUAAGUAGGCCUGGAAUGCACCCAACUGGGUGAGAAAAACUAUAGCCAAGCUAUGUAGCAUUCUCCAGCUACUGAAUUUUUUGGUGCAUUAAAUACUGUCUGUAACAGAGUUUCUCAAGAAAGCUCCCCAGAGAACAUCUGACCCCAAGGGGAAGAUUUCCACCUGCAGCUGUACCACUCAGGGUGUUCCCAAGGCGAGUGAAGGUGUGGUGGAAGCUGUGCCUUUAGCUUCUCCAGCAGCUUCCAACUAUCCAGGAUGGCCAACAAGAAUACUGACAACAGUGCACCACARGCUCUGUGUGGAGUGGCACUGUGCACACAGCACUGCCUUCAGACAUAUCCACAGUGCUCUUAGCUUGCUCUGACAUCAAAGUGUGGCUCACAGUGUCCCCAG